GCCUGCAAAUCAUGAUCAGAUUUUGUAUCCUGUGCGCGGGCUGGACUGGUAGGAAAUAUCGGGAAAUUUCCCGAAAAAUCGGAAAUAAAAUCGGCGAUACAAACCGAAAAUUCGCCGAUAAAUUGCAGUAUCCGGCGAUUUUUGGAAGAUUUCGCCGAUUUUUCGCCUGCAUCCAUUUUUCGGCGAUUUUUUCGCCGAUUUUAACCGAAAUUUGGCGAAAUUUCUCCCAUCAACAUUUCGCCCCCCCCCUUUUCGUAUCGCCGGCCACCGAAACCCGAAAUUUCGGCCAAAAAAUGGAAACUUUCAUCCUUGGAUAUGAGAGAGAAGUCGGGUUGGGAAGGGUGGAGAGAGGGAGAGCAGAGCAGCAAAGAAAAACCCCUUCUUGUUUGGUUGCCGAGAAAUUCUAACUUUUUUCUACAAGAGCUCCAGAACUUCACAUGUUUAAGUUUUUGUUGAAAUGAAGAAGUUGAUCAAUACAGAAGCUGGUUCAUACUUGCUUGUCAAUGCUUGAGGAGCAAUAAUAUUCGAAGCUCAUUGGUUUCACCCUUGGUCUUCCCCAGUGAUGAAGAUAAAAAAAGCCAAUGCUGGUGCACUUACCAAUUUUGAAGUACUUGACUUUUUACGGUCUAGAGGUGCUGCAAAGGAUCCCACUCGGGUGAUUGCCCCCAUAGCAGCAUCUGAGUUUAAGGUCUAUGACUAUCUGGUUGAGAGUGCUGCUUGCAAUCAAACAAGAGAGAGCAUUAAUGAGUUGUUGGAUAAAUGUAAAAAGUAUGACCUUGCAAAGGCUGAGAUCCUCAAUAUAAUCAAUAUCAGGCCAGCUUCACCAGUUGAAAUUGACCCGAUUAUAGAGGAAAGCGAGAAGCGGAUGGGAGAAGGGAUUGAAGACCUGAUAGAGAUGGUGACAACAGUGCUGCCACCUCCCCCUACCCAAAUGAACACCGGAGAGGAGGUUGUUGCUGGUGAUGAAGAAAUUGCCGAUGGGGAGCAAACGGCAACGGCAAUGGCAACGGAAAACUAAGGGAGGGCUUUAGGGUGAUGACUAAAUCCAUGUUUGUUAUAGUUCUUUUUUUGGCUUAGUUUCUGUAGUGAAGAGGGCCAUAUGAGGAGUAGAGUAUGAUACAUAACAGUACUACCAUUUUAGGUUUCGAUAUGCUAUCUAUUUUAUCACUUGCUUAGCUCUAAGUGAAGUCGAGCACAAUGUAUAAUUAACUGUUAUUGUUAUUUAAAUUAUUAUUAAAUUAAAUUAAAAUUGAUUA